UGGAACACCCUCUGCUGCUACUGCUGGGUUGUUGCUGCAGGACAGUUUCCAACUUUAGGGUUGGCCCACGUCGCAAGAUGCAAGACCCAGAAGCACUGGGCCGAAUAGCCGACGAAGCACUCGCAAACCUUACCGGUGGUGACACGCCCUCGGACGAUAGACGGCCACCCUUUCCUCCCCAACGCUAUUAUGUCCCCAGUCCAGGCACACUGUAUCCUUCUCCCCAUCCACCGCAUCCCAUGGUCAUCAUGCCCAUUUACAAUGCCCCGCCUUACCCGCCCGUUUAUCCCUACGCCCGGCGCCCAUCCUUUGGGCAAGAAGGUUACCCGAUACCCUAUGGUGGAUAUCCCAUGGUAUAUGCACCGCAAAUGUACAGAGAGCGCCCCCAAAAGCAGGUCGACCAGGAGGAACGAGUCGACGUGAAAAGGAGGAGCAUCAGUACGCGAAGGGGGAGUGUUCCUGGAAGGAAACAGAGUAAACAAGAGCAGAGGGUUGUCAGUACAAUGGAUUUGGAGGAGCGGGAUGCAGAAGGUGAAGAAGACGAGGAAGAGCAAGAGGAAAAGAGAAGAGAGAGCGUGGUGAAACCGUUCGUACGGCCAGUGGUGCAACAUGUGGCUCAACAAGUGGUUCAACCGGUGGGCUUGGAGCAUUCGCGCGGCCUCGUAUAUGGCGUACCACCUCCAUCCCAAAAUACCGCAAUUGAAAGUCUUACCAAAAAGCGAGCAAAACCACGCGACAUGACGCGCGACAAGAUCAGCAUCGCCGUCAAGCCAAAUGGACCGCGUGAGGAGGGAUCGCGUAAAGAGUCCAAUCUAUCUAGAAGGAAGUCGGAUGGACCACACGCUCAAAUGAACGGAGCCGAAAAGCCAAAAGCACCAGUUGCCACGCAUGAUCACGACGUCGAAAAGGCGACUCUCGCCUCGACACUGCAACGCGGCCAGGGAUCAUGCGACGAACCUGACGUAUCUGAAACGCUAAAUGUGCCGCACCGAGAAACGAUUGGCUCUGAACAAUCUGCACGCCCUGCUGAAGGGACACCCGUCUCUGAAACGCCCGCCUACGAGGACAUUCGCGACGCUUCAAAGCUCACUACAUCGCCGCCACCAGCACCACCACCACCGCCGCUAGUAGAGCAAGAGGAAGAACAAGAAGAAGAACUGGGAGAAGAAGAGAGCACUCGACCCAAAUCAGACGACGAAAGCUACAUUGACAUUACAGGCACGUCCACACCCGUCCCCGCCGAAUCUGACGCCGAUGGAGAGGCAGACAUGAACUUGGCUGAACAGUUGGUGCACAUUACUGACAAGAACAUACUCAAAAACCGGAAAAAGGGCACUGGCAUGGGAAAGAAAAAAGGGGGAGUCAGUACCACACGAAAGCGAAAGGCUGUUGAUGGGAUCGAUACUGGCAAAAAGAAGGUCAAGAACCGUAAAGAAGGCAUCUCUGAUCCACUGACCUACGACCUCUACCACAGUCUCACCAUGGGCCGAAAACGCAAGCGUAUCGACUAUGCAGCAAUGUCUAGGGGCCAACCUUCAAAGUCCGACGACAAUGACUCGCUUAUUUCCCCUAGUCUCUCAGCAACACCUUCUGAACCCGACGAGACACAUCCCACCCGACCCAGCGACCCCACCAAGCUCUACUGCAUUUGUCGACAACCGUUAACCGACGCGAAUGACUCGCAAUUCUUUAUUGGAUGUGACGGAUGCGAUGAAUGGUUCCACGGAGACUGCGUUGGUAUAUCCGAAGAAGAUGCAAAAGGGAUUGCCAAAUGGGUGUGUCCCGUCUGUCAAAAAGACCGUGGAUUACAAACUGUUUGGAAAGAACGGUGCAAAGCUUGUUGUAACUAUAUCGAGACGGACAGUGCACGCCACGGCUAUUGUUCUGACACAUGCGGCAUGUCCACUGCCCGUGCCCUCCUCGAAUCCCUCCACGUCGUCCUCAAACCCCUUCCCAAACGAAAUCCCCAUAACGACGAAAUCACCCGCACUGCUAUCCUCACCGCAGACCAAGUAGACCAGUCCCACCUCCUCCACCUCCGCACCCGACGCCGCACACUCAUCUCCCUCCUCCGCCGGCUCGAAACCCGCCGCACCCGCAUACGAGACGCAAUUAUUAAAUGCCUGGAAUUGAAUACCGAUGCAGGCGUGUCAGACCCAUCUGGCCGGAUAUGCGGGUUCGAUUCACGGAUUGUCACUGUGUGGGUCGUUGACCACGGCAUAUCCACCACUAUUGAUAAUGACGACCCGAUGGAAACCCCUACCGAAGCAUCCUUGUGCAAAAUCACAGGAAAAUGCCCACACCAUGAACAUUGGGAACGGAUAAAGUACGCUGAAGUUGAACUUGAGGUCCGGCAGGUUUUGGCGGCUGUUGAGGAUGCUGCCAAAGAGCGGAAUAUGGUGCUGGCGAGUUUGAGGAGGAGAAGACAAAUAUGUGGACGGCCAGCGUGAUUUCUUUUGGGUUUUGGAUUACUCGUUCAUUUUUUCGUUUUGUAUAUAUCUAUUAGGUGAUGGUAUGGUAUUGUAUAAAUUGCCUGUUUUUUUUUGCGAAUAAUGUGUUGGUUUUGAUUUUUGCC